AUUUAGUGAGUGUUACGACUGCUUUUUAUACAUAUUCGUCGGUUGUUUCGUUUCGCGUGAACCACUAUAACAAAAACUUUGUUGGAGCGUCAAUAGUGUUAUGUGAACAUCAUAAAUUGUGCUUAGUGCAUGAAAUUGUUGAUUAUGGACUAUUAUAGAAUUUAGUUUUUUUUGUGUCAAUUUAGUGGUUUCAAUCAAAUUGACUUUGACGUCACGUGAGCCAACCAAUCAGUUGGCGCGAAAGAAAAACAACAUUGCAAGAGAUUUCUCCCAUGUUUUGGUACGACAGUGCUAUUGUUUAGUGGUAAAAAAUAAAUAAAUGGAUCACAAAAAGUGAACACAUGAAGGAAAUAUGUUAUUAAAAUGCACGGCGGACGGACGACCCAUCAAAAUAAACAGCCCUUCGGUGAACCAGGGCAAUGGUGCGAGAGCCAUGAAAAUGACGACGUCCACGUCAUCCACGAUGACUGCGCGUGUCCACAGAAAAGUAAUAAGGGCGCCACAUAAGCGUGCGCACCCGGGGAAAACGACACACGCCGGCAAAAUACUGCACGCGGGCAAGCUACAGGGCAAGCUGGUCCAUCCGGGGAAACUGCUCCCGACGGGCAAAAUGGCCCACCACUUGGGCAAGUUCGGGAAACUAGCGCAUUACGCGUACACACAUGCCCUCCGCCCUCCUGAGCCGUGCGAAAAUAGUAAUGAUAGCGGUUUGGGUCCCGACCCUGUAAACAGAUCAUCAGACACGUUGGAGGACUGGGAUAAUGCAGACUUGAAACGGCGUCGAGGCGAGAGCGAGUCAGCUGUUAAGAUUGAGUGCGACGACGCUAAUGACGCGUAUCCUUUCCCGCCACCGGCCACGUGCGCACCUACUCCAGCGCCGGUACCUACGGCAGUGCCCGCGCCCGCGCUCGUUGCCGUCCCCGCUCUCACCACAGCGACCGCAAGUGUGAUCGCGCCUCUUGAUGCCUCGGCGGACCACCUCACACCGACGUCGAUUCUUUCUACGCCCGUAGCAAGAGCAAGUUGCAGUAUAUCUAGUCCUAGUAUCAGUGAGACUCCGGGAAAGCGCUUCCAAGAUCCUUAUAGAUCUUGCGGUAAGCUAGGCGGGGGCAAACUGGCGAACAAAUACGCGGGUGGGGCCAAGCUCUCCGGUGCGGGAGGCAAGAUGGGGGGCAAAUUAGGAGGAAAAUUAGGGGGGAAAUAUGGGGGUAAAUUGGCGCAAGCUUUAGCGAGGCGGAGAGCGCUUGCGGCAAUGUCGCACUCUGGCCCGCCGGGAUUGGCGGCACCACUAACCAACCGCUCCAGAGAUGGUUCUGUGGAGUUACAAAUAUUGUGCCAGCCUGAGACGCAGCACAGAGCGAGAUAUCAGACUGAAGGCAGCCGAGGCGCUGUCAAAGACAACUCCGGGAAUGGGUUCCCAAUAGUUAAAUUAGUAGGAUACGAUAAGCCAGCUGUGCUACAGGUAUUCAUCGGCACAGACACGGGUCGCGUAGCGCCACAUAUGUUUUAUCAGGCGUGCCGCGUCUCAGGGAAGAACUCUACGCCCUGUAAGGAGCGCAAGGAGGAUGGCACCGUAGUUAUAGAAAUAGAUCUAGAACCGCAAAAAAAUUGGCAAGUGACGUGUGACUGCGUCGGAAUACUCAAGGAAAGGAACGUAGACGUGGAGCACAGGUUCGGCGAGUCUCUAGGGUCGGGCGGGGGAGGAGGAGCGUCACACGUUUCACGCGGCAAGAAGAAAUCCACGCGCUGUCGUAUGGUGUUCCGCACCGAUAUCAUCAACGCAGAUGGACAGAGGGAAACGCUACAAGUCUGCUCAACGCAAAUCAUAUGCACGCAACCUCCGGGUGUUCCGGAAGUAUGCCGCAAGUCGUUAGUGUCGUGUCCUGCUGGAGGCGGACUGGAACUGUACCUGCUCGGGAAGAACUUCCUGAAGGAGACGCGCGUCGUGUUCCGCCACCAGCAGGAUGGAUGCAACCUGUGGGAGGAGGAGGUGGUGCCAGAUAAGGAGUUCUUACAACAGACGCACCUGGUUUGUUGCGUGCCCGCGUACGCGCGCACCGAUAUCACAGAAGCGGUGUGCGUGCAAGUGUUCGUGCGGUCCGGCGGCCGCGCGUCCGAACCGCACGCGUUUUUCUACACGCCGCACGCGCUCGACACCGGCCCGCUGCACUGCACGCCGCAUGCACUCCACACGCAGCGACCCGCAGGUGCCGACGCGUGGCCGAUGAUGCCACCCCCCGCGCGCCCCGCCCGCCGGCCCUCGCUGCUACCCGACCACGAAGUCUCGCAAGGUCUGAAGAGCGAGGUGGAUGAAUCCAGCCAGCACUCGUUGAUAGACCACGCGGAAUCGUCGUGCGGCCCGGACGGGCCCGAGAAGCAAUCACCUCCGGCCAUUCUCCCCGACGACCUCAAAGUCGUGGACCUGCGGCUCAAGUCGGAAACUCUCACGAGAGACUCCCAAAGCCAGGUGAGCUUCGUCGGAGCCUACGAUCCCAUCAAGCUGUCUCCGCCGACGCCCACGCAGAGCGACUCGCCCUCGCCGCUCGCGACUUUCACGCAACAGCUCCAGGCGAUACAGAACCAGGUGCAGACCGACAAGAUGGUCGAGACGGUCACCGCGGCGAUAUUCAACUCGGGCGAGAACGCCGACCAGAUCUACCCGCCGAUCCUCCCGAUGCCGACGAUCGACCCGAUGAGGCGGCUGAUCGCGGCCGAGUCUCCGAUGGACCCGCUCCGGACCGAGAUGAAGGCGCUCGACUCGGAGCUGAUGAUGAACGAGGGCGCGAUGCGGCCGCCCGGGGACGGGGGCCGGCCCAUGAUGGUGUACGAGCCGAUCCCGCCGCCGCGCGCCGACGACGAGUUCAACCCGUUCGGCGCCAUCACCAAGAUGGAGAUGGAGACGCAGCACAUCGAGCACAGACUGGCGCAGCAGAGCGCGCACAUGGACGCGCUGGUGGAGGACGCGAUGAAGGCGACCGCCGCCAUGCUGCCGUCGGACGCGGCCAAGCUGGACGAGCUCGUCAACUCGCGCGUGGACGACCUCGGCGGCUCCGAGCCCGCGCCGCCGCCGCCGCCCGACGAGCUCAUGAUGCUGCCGGACCAGGUGCAGCUGACGUCCGUCAAGACGCCGCCCGCCGCGGUCAAGUCGAUGAUCCUGAACGCGGCGGCGGAGAUCCUGACGUCGGACUCGGCCAUGAACGCGCUGGUGACGUCGGCCAUCAACACGGCCAACAUCCUGACGACGGAGGGCGCGGCGGCGGGCGGCGGCGGCCUGGCGGCGGCGGACCCGCCGGCGGAGCAGCCGGGCCCGGAGCCGCUGGUGGCGAUGUCGCAGGCGGUGUCGCAGGCGGUGACGCAGGCGGUGUCGCAGGCGGUGUCGCAGGCCGUGUCCGCCGCCGUCUCGCACGAGAUGGCCGCGCCCGUGCACGGCCUCACCGACAUGAGCGACCAGGACCUGCUCUCCUACAUCAACCCGAGCACCUUCGACCAAGCGGGACGCUCCGCCCGCGCUCGUGCAAUGAACUCUGAUAUAACGCCUAAUUGAAUGCAUUUCGUAGUGAGGUGUCGAGGGCUCAAAAGCAGAUUUUAUGUGAAUUUUUAAUGAAUGUUAUUAUAUUUUGAUUGUUUUAUAAAUUUAAGGACUGUAGAACGUUAAAAUCUCCGCUGAAUGGCGCAUGGAAUGUUAUGAAAUCGAAUGUUUAUAAAUUUGUUUUUGAUUCUCAUAUAUAAAUGUAUUUAAUGAGUGUUAGGAUGUCAAUUAUAUAUCAUGAUGUGAGUCAGUAUUACAGGGCUAAUGAAAUUAUAACUUUUCGCGUUCGGGAAGGCGGACCGGAUAUUUUUAUGGUGCAAUUUUUUAAAGAAAUCAAUGAAAAAUCUCUGUUGUUAAAGAUCUUUCUUAUAACCCGAUCCGACCGACCCUGUCCGACGAAGAAAAUAUAUUUUAUAAAUAUUAUAUACAUAUUUUUGAAAAACUUAUGGACUCUUUUAAACAGAAACAAAGAUUUUAUGUUGGUAAUGUUGUAAUGUGUUAGUAAUUAAGUGUAAAUAAGUAAUUAUAGCUUGAUAUUUAUGUUAAUUAUUGUUGUUAGAGUGACUGGUGGCGGCGAUCGGGGGU